AUGACAAGCUGUUCGCUCUACGCCAGCGGCCUUGUGCCGGAUGUAAAUGGCGCAGUUCCUACAUUUAGCUAUCGCCGUGAUGGCCACUCGAACGACUACUUCGGUGUUCAGAUGACCUAUCUGAGAGGACAGUCUACUUGCUACCAGACGGGUGUUAAGCCUAGCUUCACUCCUGUUGUUCAAAACACAGCUGCGCGUUUCAGCGCCAAUUGUGAGUUCGGUAUCCAACCCUCCGGGUAUACCGGCAUCUUUUGUCCGGCUGUGCCGGUCACCAACAUUCCUGACGGCGUCUUCACUGUUUCGUACAUCAACUUGGCCCAGGGCCUGCCUACACCAAUUCCGUUUUUGGCUACCUUUGGUCCGUCUCCUGCUCCCAGAGCAGUGACCGCGACUGCUGGAGCCGUUACUACGUCCACCUCUACUUCAACAUCUACUGUUGCUCCUGGC